AUGCCUAGCAUAGUGCAUUUGGUCUUAUCUUUGGCUCUUCAAAAAAAUUGGUAUAUGCACCAACUUGAUGUGUCAAAUGCAUUCUUGCAUGGUGAGUUAUCCGAGACUGUUUAUAUGCGUCAACCUAAGGGCUUUGAACAUCCAGAUUAUCCCAAAUAUGUGUGCAAGUUGCAGCGUGCUCUUUAUGGUCUUAAACAAUCUCCAAGGGCUUGGUUCCAUCGUCUUGCUCAUUUCCUUCUUGAUCUAGGAUUUAAGCAAUGUGUUUCAGAUCAAAGCAUGUUCAUUUUUCACUCGGGGGCUGAUUGCAUUAUUCUUUUAAUCUAUGUGGAUGAUAUAGUAGUUUUUGGCUCUUCUAAGUCCUUAGUAUCCAAGUUCAUCUCUUCAAUGAGUUCUGAAUUCUCUAUGAAGGACUUGGGACAGCUUGACCACUUCCUUGGCAUUGAAUUGAAAUGCAACUCUUUGGGACUUCUUUUACUUCAACAUCGUUAUACUACUUCACUUCUUCAUCGCUUCAGAUUAGAGAAGUGUAAACCAGUGCUAACUCCACUUCACAGUAAGUUGGAUUGGAAUUCUACUUCUUCUCCUUUGCUUGAAGAUCCUUCUAUUUAUCGUCAAAUGGUUGGGAGUCUACAAUAUUUGUGUUUUACUAGGCCGGACAUUCAAUUUGCUGUCAACCUUGCUUCUCAGUUUCUUCACCAACCGAGACAAUUGCAUCUUCAAGCAGUAAAACGCAUUUUUCGAUAUCUCGCUGGCACAAUUGAUUGGGGCUUACAGUUGUAUAAGAAUUCUUCCUUGUCGCUUACUGUUUUCUCUGACUCUGAUUGGGCUGGUUGUUCAGCCACUAGACGAUCCACAACUGGCUUUUGUAUUUUUCUUGGCUCUAAUCUUAUCUCUUGGUCUGCUAAGAAACAACCUACUGUUGCACGCUCAAGUACCAAAGCAGAGUACCGAGCUCUUGUUAUUGCCACUGCUGAAGCUACUUGGCUCCAAUAUAUUCUUCGAGAUCUUGGUGUUUUUCUUACUUCUCCGGUAGCUGCUAAAUGUGACAAUAUUGGAGCCAUUCAUCUAGCUCACAAUCCAGUUUUUCACUCCCGUUCAAAACAUGUUGCUCUGGACUAUCAUUUUGUUCGUGAAAAGAUUAGUCAUGGUGAUUUAGUGUUUUCCCAUGUCCAUACAUCUGAGCAACUUGCUGAUUUGUUUACCAAAGUAUUGGCCUCUUCACGUUUUCGUGAUUUAACUGCCAAUCUUCACGUUCACUCUUCCCGUUCAGAUUGA